UUUUCGGCUUCCUCGCUUCCCCUCGGGAUUUGUUGACUCCCGAGCUGACGCCCGAACGAACGAACGAAAGAAGCCGCGCCCAAACGGCGCAUUGGCAAACUAACUAACAGCACUUGCGAUCAUGAAAAAUGCAGGGCUCAAGUGUGCAAGCGCCCGAGCAUCGCCGGGCCUCGGAACGCAGUGCAAUAGCAUGCUGGUGCUGCGCGAGGGCGGACGGCAGAGCACCGGCCCGCCGAUGAAUCAUGUCCGGCCCCUGCUCCACCCGAGGCUCUCCCAUCUGCUCGAGACGAGCCACGAGGGCCUGAGUGGACCAGCCUGCAACUACUGUCCAUGCCGCCAUGGAAAGAGAGACCUGCAGCCCACGGCGCGCGCAUCCGCGCAGCCGUCGGCGGGCCCGGCGGGGGGGCGCGGGGCCGGUGCAGAUCGGAGCUCGGCGCCCGCCCCCGCAAGGGCCGCAGCGACGGCGAGGAGGUCCUGUGGCGACACUGCGCAUCGCACAGUCAUCGGCCUGACCUAAGGAACGAUAAAUAAGGAACGAAG